AUGGAGAAAAUUAAAAGCGAGAAAAAAGCAGUAAAUUUGGGUAAAAAACCGCGAGGAAGGCCCCGGAAACGCGUUGAGACAACAAAAUGCGGCCCUGAUCUUAUUCCGGAAUUGACGGCUAAUCAUCGAAUUAGUGUGCGAGAGGAGUUGGAAAGCAAACUACGCUAUAGUUUCAAUAGUAAACCAGUGAAUUGGAUGUAUUUUUGGUACAUUUCGCAUGUUUUACCGGAAUUUUCGUACCAGAUGUGGUACAGCAUUGUGCAAUUGAGGCAAAGUCAAGAUGAUGUUGAUCUUAUACUGAGCAGGCUCGAUAUUUUGAAGCUUAUUGCCAUGCGUGAAUUUACUGAAGGGAGCAACAAUGUGGAUGCUACGUGGGAGUCGCGGAAAAUCUCUCACAGUCACGACCAGUUGGCGUGUAUAUUUGUUGGGAUGAUUGAAGGGAUAGCGGUUGGAGCCUGGCGCGAUGAGAUUUCAAGGCUGGAACAGAAGCUUAAAAAGGGGCAUAUGAUGAUGCUUCCAGAGGGAUUACCAGGAGCAGUAUCUCUACCUGAAAAAGUUUUUCUGGUGUCAGAAAUUUAUGGUCUUCAGAUAACCCCCGUCGUGGAAUGGAUGAUAACGACGUUGGAGGAAAUCCUGGAGAUGAACAAGGGAAACAAAAGGAAGAAUGAAAAAAAGGUCUGUUACGAUCAAUUAUCAUACUCAAUGCUUGACCUUGAAGCCUUUGAAGAUAAUCCUUUGGGACCCAAUCGGUGCCUGAUACAUAGGAUCGAAGAGCUUAUAAAUGAAUCUGGAGAAUUGACACCCUGUAAAAAAGCACAGAUAAAGUAUAACCGCAAGGAGAUCAUAUGUGAGCUAAUGGAAUUCAACUUGCCAAGAGAAAAGAUCAAGGAUGUUCUGGAGCAUUACAAGCACGAGUUUAUAUCGAGUUUACAACUAUGGAGCGAAGAACAUUUGGUGAAGUACUUCCAAAGCGGCACGUUCAACCCUUCCAUUGAUUCGUUUGACUAUAAUGAUGUGGAUCUCUGCUAUAGAAACGCCAUAAUAUACUAUAGCUUUUGCAAGAAUAAUGUUUCAUCUGACAUAAGGUUUGAAGGCAUGGUAACUUCUACGGCAGAGGUCGAGUUCACUGACAAGUCAAAAAAGGACAAGUCCGGUACUCAAUAUUUCGAGGAUCCAGCUGCAUAUAUCGAUUUACUCAAAUCUAAGGAUUUACCGCGUAUUAUUGCAGAUACAAGUAGAUUUACGCCGGCUCGUAAAUCAUGGCAUAAUAGAUGGGCCGUGGAGCUAUCCCGGUCCAAGAUCCACUUCGUAAAGGAGUUUCCCAGGGGAACAAACAAGGUGGAACAUGAACUGUGGACCAAACUUGAACAGCGGUUAUUCUUAUAUUUCGAACAUUUCAAUGUCACAUCCACGGAGUUUGAACCGGAAAUCCUCGAGUCCAUUAAGCUUCCGCCUCCAUGUUUGAAGACGAGAUACGUGAUAUUCAAGCGAGACGGACCAUUAAAAGCUAACAAGAACCCCAGACUCUGGGACUACGGCAAAGCAAUUCGAUUCCUUCAAGAUAUGGGGUUUGACAUGUCCACUCUUCGUUCUGUAUUUACGUCACUUCAGAAUGGGGUGUUGAAGCAAGAGCGUAAAGGACGUGCAUCAGUCUCGACAAAGACAAGUACUAAGCGAAAGAAAGGUGAGACUGAUGCAGAUGCAGACGCAGACGCAGACGCAGACACUAGCACAUCUAACAGAAUAAAGAAAUUAAAACUGUUAACUGGGGCCCACAGCUACUUGUAUACCAAGACCCAUCCUUCGCUCACAUUAAGCUCUCUGAAUACACCACCACGCGCCUCUAGCACCCGCAAACAUCUCAGGGAAGAAAGCCUCGAGCUUCUAGGGUCCAUCGAAAGAGACGCUUCGGCAUCAGAUAAAUCUGUCCUCGACGCAAACACAACCGUAUGCGCAGAAAACAGCCCAACAAACAAAAUUACACACCGGAAUAACAUUCCAGAUACUCCAAAGGGCCACAUAGGGCACCACACAGGGCACCACACAGGGCACCACACAGAGGAAACAGAUUUCUUUACAGCACCACAGAAUCUAUCAGCUGGUACUGAUGACAUUGGCGAUGACAAUGAAGAAUAUAUCGGCGACGGCGACGGCGACGGCGACGACGAGUUGACCUCAUACGCAAACAAAACCUGGCUCGAAAUUCGCCGCAAAAUUCCCAAACCCUACCACCCACUCAUAACCUCCAUGAUUACAUCCAUAUCGACUUAUGCAAACACAAAGCUUCUUGACGAAAAUGUCCUUUGGGCUAAAAAGGUCUCUGAAAGGGACCAGCUUAUACACACCUUAUCGAAACGCAUCAUUGAGAGCGAGAAAAGAAUAGCCUCAUACCAGGGCAAAUUGCUACAGAUACACAUGGAAAGUGCACCUGAGGAUAAACCACAAGGGCCAUUGUGA